AGACAAAAAAAAAAAAAAGAAGAAGAAGAAGAAAAGAAAGUAACCAUUAGUAAUAAGUUAGUGGGUCAAGGUAGGACAUAAUAUAAUGGAGACUGUUUUCCUAGUUUUGUUUUUCUUUUUUUUUUUUUUUUGGUCUUUUUGUCUUUUAUGGCCGCACUGCAGCAUAUGGAGGUUCUCAGCCUAGGGUCAAAUCGCAGCUGUAGCUACUGGCCUACACCACAGCCACAGCAAUGCUGGAUCCUUAACCCACUGAGAAAGGCCAGGGAUUGAAGCUCCAUCCUCAUGGAUACUACUCAGGUUCAUUAACCACUGAGCCACAACAGCAACUCCUGUUUUAACUAGUUUUUUAGCCGUAACAAUAUUUCCUAAUCAUUAACUCUUGAGUCAGUUUUUUGAGACUGAGUUUGGGAGGCUAAAGAAAGUCUUUUACUUCAGAACAUAAGGUCUCAGGGACUCGUACACCAUAUCUGUUGUAAUGUCAGCUAGUGGCUGGACAAGUAUUCAAACCUGUGUCACUCAGGUCCCCCAUGGCUGUCCUUUGGCACGGCCUUACCCUACUUCCAAAAACCAGGCAACUUUGGGCCUGCUGAAGUGCUGUGUGAGCAUGGGCAAGGAUUUGACCUCUCUGUGUUCUGGUUUCUGUAAAAUGGAGCCAGUAGUCGCUUUGACCUCAUGGGAUUCUGGUUAGGAUUCAGUUAAUUCACCAAAGAUUUAGCAGGGAAGUGGCCUGACAGGGAUGUCAUUCAGUCCUGUGAGGAGCAAGUUUGUACUCGGAGAAGUCAAACAUUUCCAGAAGAUCACAAAGCACGUAAGAUUCCACCUAUUUCCACAUUUUGCCAUUACCCGGAGCUGUGGAGGACAGCUGAGUGACUUCCAGCGAGACUCUCUGCCCCCUCCGUAUCCUUUGCAGGGGAAUAGUGGGUAUUUCCUAUUAGUGGCCAAGUUCGCCGCUCAAGUUGGAGGUCCUGCUUCUGCACUGGGUGGCCAGAGAGCCUGACUUUGCCACAGCCUGAGGGGACCCUACGCCAGACUCCCAAGGCCACCUCGGGCCACAGUGCUCAGGGCCAAACUCUACACCUCCUUUGCUCCAAAGUCUGGUCCAGGGCGCACCGCCCACGGCCCUCGCGACUGGCCGCCGGCCCUGCCUGUCUUUGGCUUCGCAGCCAAUCUCCGUCGCCCUCCGGGCUACGCCCUCCGUUCCUCGCUGCCAGUCGCGCCAGCUUCUUUGGAGCCCCGCCCUUUCUCCCAAGCGAUUGGUCCUUGGGGCUGCCCAUCUUCUCCGAGGGCUCCAAUCUUCGCCUGCCUACAGGCCCUCGCCUCCCAGCUCCUCACACCCAGCAGGGCACCCCCGGGACCCGCAGCCUCUCCCAACAGCCCCGCCUCUAUCCCCCAGUUAUUGGCUGCAAGGGCUGCCCGUCCGCUUCAUGCUCACCAAUAUCCGCCGUCUUCAGAGAUGGUUGGCCAGCAGGCAGCCAAUCGGAGUACAGCGUGGAUCCCUCCCGCGGCGCGCGCCGAGAGUGCGCGAGGCGGGGCUGUGGCGGUGGAGGUGGCGGCGGCAGCGGCGGCGGCGACGCUUCCCAGCCGGAGUCUCCCCACCGUCCUGAGCAGGCCUGGAAUGGGUAAUGGUGUGAAGGAAGGCGUGGUGCGUUUGCGUGAGGAUGCUGAGUCUGUCCUGCACUCGCCUGUCUCUUCAAAGAGUGAUCACAGGCAAGUUCUCAGCUCCCUCCUUUCGGGGGCCCUGGCUGGUGCUCUUGCCAAAACAGCAGUAGCUCCCCUGGACCGAACCAAAAUCAUCUUCCAAGUGUCCUCGAAAAGAUUUUCCGCCAAGGAGGCCUUCCGGCUCCUCUACUUCACCUACCUCAACGAAGGCUUCUUCAGCCUGUGGCGUGGAAACUCGGCCACCAUGGUGCGCGUGGUGCCCUACGCCGCCAUCCAGUUCAGCGCGCACGAGGAGUACAAGCGCAUCCUGGGCAGAUACUAUGGCUUCCGCGGAGAAGCUCUGCCCCCUUGGCCCCGCCUCCUCGCGGGCGCACUGGCUGGAACUACGGCUGCCUCGCUGACAUACCCGCUGGACCUGGUCAGAGCAAGGAUGGCCGUGACCCCGAAGGAAAUGUACAGCAACAUCUUUCACGUCUUCAUCCGCAUCUCGCGAGAAGAGGGGCUGAAGACCCUUUAUCAUGGAUUCAUUCCCACUGUGCUGGGGGUCAUCCCUUACGCUGGCCUGAGCUUCUUCACCUACGAGACACUUAAGAGCCUGCACAGAGAGUACAGCGGCCGCCUGCAGCCCUACCCCUUCGAGCGCAUGAUCUUCGGGGCCUGCGCGGGCCUCAUCGGGCAGUCGGCCUCUUACCCGCUGGACGUGGUGCGGCGGCGCAUGCAGACGGCCGGCGUCACAGGCCACCAGCGCACCUCCAUCGUGCGCACCAUGCGUGCCAUCGUGCGGGAGGAGGGCGUGGUGCGCGGCCUCUACAAAGGCCUGAGCAUGAACUGGCUCAAGGGCCCCAUCGCCGUGGGCAUCAGCUUCACCACCUUCGACCUCAUGCAGAUCCUGCUGCGGCACCUGCAGAGCUAGGGGCUGGUGGGGUCGGCUGCUCUCGAGCUUCAGUUCGCGGUGGACCGCUGACCCCUUCUGUUUCGGAGCCUAGGGAAUGAGAGUGCGCCGGGUUCCACCUGGGAGCCGUGCAGAUGCGCCUUGUGGAACAAGCAGGGGGACCUGAAGGGCCUGGGCUCGGUGCACGCCCGUCGGAGGAAAAAGCCAGUGGCCGUUGAAGUUCAUUGUUGGGACUGGGGGGCCGAGGCUCAUGCGCUUUUCUCUAGUAGCCUCAGCAGGGCUGGGGCUGCCCACGGAGGGAAUUAUCUUGAACGCCCUGAGUCAGGAAUGGUCAGAACUGCCUCCUGGGUCCCUCCUGGUGUACUCUGUGACCUUGGACAGACUCUUGGUUCUAGUGACUAGCCCUACUGGGCUCAGAGGCAGACCCCGCCGGCCCCUUCUUGUUCUGAGUCUGUGCUUGUGGGCAGGGGGACGGGGAGCCCCAGGGAGUGUGAGGGAGAGACCAGCCUUCUGCUCAGCUGUGGCUACAAAAUGCAGCCUCUUACCCGCCCUGCCCACCUCGCCUUUCCUGCCUUCUCCACUGCUUCCCAGGUGACACGACUCCUCCAUCCCCAGAGCCUACCGCUCGGGAGCAGCCUUCUCCCAAGAGAGUUCUUCAGAUCCCAUCCUCUAUCGGGGGACACCCCCUGGGAUUGGGUCCUCCCCUCUGUUGCCCCUCUACCUAGUUUGUGAUGUUCCCAGGAGGGUCAUGGCUCUUAUAGGCAACAGAGUUUGAAGAAUCACGGUGAGUUUGGGUUUGAGCAAAACCCAAAAUGGAGUUGGGUUGCCAGGUUGCCUCCUCUUGGCCAGGCUGCUCCCGUUCUCACUCUGCUGGCUGUACUAACGGAGGCUGGGCCCCUGGCCCUGACCCUCUGCCUGUAGGUAUGGGGACUCCUAGGGGGGACCCAUGGCAUCUGGCACGUCCCUGACUCCUCACCUGGGUGGUUACUUGGCUAGAACACGGGACAGUCCUAGGCCCAUGGGGUGGUCUGGGUUCCAGUGACUGGAGAAUAUGGAGGCAGCUGGCAGCCUUGAUUUUCCCACCAAAGUGAGAGCCCCCCAGACAGCGUCUAGCCUGGAGGCGGGAAGCUCAGAAGUGUCAGUGUACCCCAGGGAGCUGGUCUCACAGAGGAGUCUCCCUGGGUCCCGUUGGGUAUCACAGGGACUCGGAAAUACCUGUUUCCUAAUGACAAUGAUGUUUGGAUUUUGAUUGUUUUGUUUUGUUUUUCAAUUUGGCUGGUCCUGGGUCUAGAUACAAUAAACCCUCACCAGUCCAAUCUGAUGCCAAGACCACGGGGCCCAGAGAGUCGGUUUUCACAGUGGCCUCAGUAGCCACGAGGUGUGAAAGGGCUGAGGGGGGCGAUUUACUGCUACAUGCAUUUCCAGUUGUGACUUUCCUUUCCUGCCUUCAUUCUGUCCCUUUUCUGUUUUUUCUUGCCUUAGUUUUGUGGGUGUGAGGCCCCUCUUUCUGUUCUUCCUGCAUGUUUCCACCAGCCAGCCCCCAUCUUGUCCCCAGACUCCUGUUCCUGGGGACCCAAGCAGCCUGUGAUGGCUGUCCUGUUGGGUAGCAUCCAGCCCACCUCCUCUCCCAGCCUUGCCCAUUGCUGAGGGUCCCCAGGUCUCCCCUGAGACCCCUCCCAGGGAGAUGGAACAGGGGCCCUGGGCUCUCUGGGCCAAGCAGCAGGGACUGAGGGUCCACCCCAGGUGGGUGAGACCACAUGGACAGUUGGGCAGCGCCCUCCUUUGAGCUGCAGGCUGGGCAGGAGCAGGGAGGGGUUGCCAGCCCCAGCGUGCCUCCCCAAGGAGGCUCCCAGCCAAGUGGGCCUCAGCAGCACAGCUGCCCCCCCACCCCCAGCCCUGCACACAACUGGCCCAAGCCCCUGGCAGUCACUCCUCUCACUGAUGGCCUGGCCUGGUUUGGAGUUACAUUUUGAUGCCAUGAAGAUACUUUGUUUAUAUAUAAUGUUUAUAUAUUUUAAAGAUUUGUGCCAAGAGAGUAUAUUUAAUAAAAAUUAAAAUGACUUUUUC